AAUGUUAAUGACGUCGAAUCGUACACUGGGUACGCUGUGGUCGCCUGGGUGGACAGUAUAGUUACAUCACAUUAAAUGGAAUAAAAUGCGCGGAUUCAUGUAAAUAGGGACGUCGCUUCAGCGCAAUUAAUUAACAGUUCCUAAUUAAACGCGGCUCGCCUCCGGAGCGGGUGGUGACAGGCCUAUUUUCGGCGUUUAACGGCAAUAUUUCAGGGAGAGGAGUGACGUCCUCCUCACUACAGCAGCUGCAGGGAAGUUUUGUCACUUUAGUCCCUGUUGAACAAGCGAUGAACUGAGGACCUCUUCCACUUCUCAACCUCACACAUCUCAACGGCGUCUUCGCUCCUGCUGCCCGUCGGUGAACAGCUCGACUACAUCUUCUCACCACACCUGGACAGAGAAAUGUGUGUGCGCGUGUGUCCUCGGAUGCAUGACUGUGUCUGAGUGUUUCUGGGCUGCACUUCCUCUCUCACCUUCCGAGAGGCGCUUCUCCACUUGACUGAGUACAACAUUUGUCUUCACAACUGCAAAGCAUCAUGGGUAGGAAAAGAUUCAGAUCCAACGGAUCACCGAUGAAAGGAACAAGCAGGUGACAUUUACAAAGCGAAAGUUUGGCUUGAUGAAGAAAGCCUACGAGCUGAGCGUAUUGUGCGACUGUGAGAUUGCCCUGAUCAUCUUCAACCACGCGAACAAGCUGUUCCAGUAUGCCAGUACUGACAUGGACAAGGUCCUGCUCAAAUACACAGAGUACAACGAGCCCCACGAGAGCCGGACCAACGCAGAUAUCAUCGAGACUUUGAGAAAGAAAGGAUUCAACGGCUGUGACAGUCCAGAGCCGGACGGCGAAGACUCAAUUGACCAAAGUCCCCUCAAUGAUGACAAGUAUCGUAAGACCACGGAGGACCUGGAUGUUCUCUUCAAACGCUAUGGACAGUCGGCACCUCCGCCCCAGACGUUCUCCAUGCCGGUCACAGUCCAGGCGUCCAAUCAAAGUACACUGCAGUUCAGUAAUCCUGGCAACGCGCUGGUAACUACCUCCUACGUAACUUCAUCGCCGCUCACGGAUACCCACCUCCUGUCGCCACAGCAACCGGCCCUCCAGAGAAAUACGGUGUCUCCUGGGUUGCCACAGCGACCAGCCAGUGCAGGUGCUCUUCUCGGAGGCGAUCUGAAUAAUUCAAAUGGAGGAUGUCCAAGUCCAGUCCCUAAUGGAUACACCAGUGCCAGGGCCUCCCCAGGCCUCCUCACUGUUUCCAACGGCAACAGUCUGGGGAAAGUAGUUCCGGCCAAGUCUCCACCUCCACCUCCGAGCCCCCAGAUGGUCAACAGCCGCAAGCCAGACCUCCGAGUCAUCACCUCACAGGGUGGAAAGAGCCUCAUGCAGAUGACAGAGGAUGAGCUGGAAUUGGUAAACGAGAACGCCCAGCGGCUGGCAGCUGGAGCCCAGGUGGCGCAAACCCUCACCACACCGGUGGUCUCCGUCGCCACACCGAGCCUCCUGGCACAGGGGCUGCCCUUCUCCGCCAUGCCAACAGCGUACAAUACAGAGUACCAGCUGACCAGUGCAGACAUCACUGCUUUGCACGCUCUGGCGUCACCUGGCGGCUUGUUGCCCACCAGUGUGUCCACAUGGCAACAGCAGCAGGCUGUUACCCAGCAACCACAACAGCAGCAGCAACAGCAGCAGCAGCAACAGCAAACACAGCAACAGCAGCAGCAACUUAAUCUUGCAUCACUCAGCAACUUGGUCAUGUGGGGCGUGGACAAACAGAGCAGCGAGCUGUCUAGCCAGGUGUCCAGUCUGGCUGCCAAUCUGAGUGUUGGCUCUCCGUCCAACCUGCUCUUGGGUAGAGAUGAGUGGUUGGGCCGGCCGGUGACCCACAUACCUCAAGGCGCCAUGCUGACCGUCAACACCAACUCCAGCGUGAGCAUCAAGUCGGAGCCCAUCUCGCCCGGCCGGGACCGCAGCACCCCUUGCCCUCCUCCGUCUUCGACCACGCCGUCCUCGACCUCGGGUGGAGCCAUCCUGACCGCCCCGCCCCAGUACCCCGGCUCCCUGCUGUGUCUGGAGCCCCCGACCGGCCGCUCGCCCGCCGACAGCGUGAGCAGCAACGCCAGCUCCUUCGAAGGCAGCGAUCGUGAUGAUGCAGCCAGCGGUGGCGGAGGAGGAGGAGGCGGCGGAGGAAGCGGCAGCACAGCCGGCGCUACAGGUCCAGCAAGCCGGUCCGUCCCGCCUGACUUCAGUCCCUCAGCUGAGCUCCUCAGGGCAUCGAAUGAGCCAGAGCAGGAAGGAGGAAACAUCAAGCGCAUGAGAUUGGACGCCUGGGUCACAUAGAGGCACCGACAGCACCUCUCUGCCCCCACAGUGAAGAAGUUUCGGUGACUCGUAAACACCCACAACAACACACACACCCCCACACUCAUUCCUAGUCCCCCACUGCCCCGACCCCACUGCCAUGUGACACUAUCAUCACCCAUCUGCCUCUGUCCAGAAUCAUACUACUCAGCUGCGUCGCCUGAACUUACAAGGCUUUGCCAAAAAAAAAAAAAAAAAAAACACAAAAAGAUUCAUAAAACUCCUUUGGGAUGUCGCUUUGAGUGAGGGCUGCUGAAGGACGGUAGAUUUUUAAAGCCUUCUUACUCGAAUGGACUUCCUUAUAGUGAUUCUCUUCUGGUUAAAAAUGAGGUGUUCAACCUUUUUUUUUUUGUUUGUUUUCAAACCACAAACAUUUCUCCCCCGUGGUCUCUGCAUCACCUUCAUGUAUUUACAUCCAGCUCUUACGUAUGUGACCGGUGGCGUGUCGACAUUAUGGGACUCGUGCCGCCACUUUCUGCUCGUCAGAAUCUAUUUAAAUUGUCCGUUCUUCUACUUCCAAAACUGCACAGUUGGAAAAUAACUUCAUCUGGAAGAGGACUGAGCUUCUACCUGGCACUAACUUAAGGGUCUUUCUGGGUGAGGACAGUUCUGCGUCUGGUUUUGACCUCGUGCGACCAGGCAGGCCCGAGCCCCUCAGGCGGCACUCUGCAAGCCGUAGAGUCGAGCACCUUUUGCCAGAGUGCCAAUAUCAACUUCUUCAGAAUUAAAAAUGCCAAAUGCCUCUCGCACGCGAUGCAGGGACAUAUUUAUCACUCGCACUGUCAAGGAAACACUGAGAACUAGUAACUGUCGACGCUUCUUUUCAGGCUUCGUACCGGCCGUCGCUUUCACAGACUGGGUGCUCCUCCCGUCCUCUCACCUCAUCUCCUCUGGAAACUCGGAUGGAAAAGUCGCUGCACCAGAAAUCCAGCCAGUCACUCAGCUUAUUACCAGGAGUAGAUGCCAUCCAGUUAAAAAUGCAUAGUAAAGAGUUUUUUGAGCCUCUGGUGGCUUCUUUUUUUUUUUUCACGUAGGGACGUAUUUGGUUCUUUCAGUCCAAGUGUUCUUUAUCUGUUGGUAUUUUGAGAAAAAAAAAAUCUGUUUUGAAGGUCUGUUAGUCGUCCAGAAGUAGGAAUUCUGACUUUGUAUAAAAAUCACUCCUUAUACAAAAGCUUUGAUGUCCUCUUUAGCUCUCUAUAGCUCUCCUUAGCUCUUUGCCGUGUUUCAAAAAGUGAAAGGAAAAGACAUUUUCUAUAUUUCUACCGCUUCAGUUGGCGACAAAGUAAAAUGGCUUUUCAGCUUCAACGACGUGUAUGUACAUAUGAAUAUAUUUGCAUAGACUUUGCUAGGUAUCCCUAAAAACAAGCAAUGUGUUGAUUCUCAGUGGAUCUGUUUGCAUAUAUGAGUGUGAAUUUGAUAUGUUUCGAGCUACGGUGCAGGGGUUAACGCCACACUGGGCAGUGCUGGUGGAUCGGACUCGUUUCAGUAAACCUAUUUUAUUCUAGUGUUGAUGGUGUGUGCACUUUCUGUCUCACUCACAGAGGCCUGCUUGGUUGUGGUGUCAUCAUAUUCUCUUGCCACACUUUUUUUUUUUACAACCCACGAUCAAAGUAAAGCUGUACGUCGUGACAUGAGCUCAUUAUUAGGACACUGCCACUCACUUAUAGCGAAGUUAUAGACGUGAAACACACUUUUGAUUGACAGAAUCGUGUCAGAUCUUUUCCACGUUAACGAGGAUUAUGCCUUUUUUUUUUUUUUUUUUGUAAAAAUCGGCGACUUAGUUUGUUGUUCAACUGUAUCCUGUCUGAACCAUUUCAAGUCUGAGUGUGUGCGUAUCCAGGUUGUUUAUAGUCUACAAAUAGAUAAGUUUCUCUUGAUUGCUUGACCUUUUUCUUUUUUUUUUUCUCCUUGCGACGAUGCUCAAAGUGCAGACUGGUGUGACAGCUGCUGCUGAUUAUCUACUUAAACAAUCCUCCGGUUUUAAGUCGGUGUAGGUGAGACAGCUGCUUAAUGAACUGAUGCUGUUUGAUGCAAUUAGAAGCAGCCCACGAACCCGGCGUUUGACAGCGACGGGGGAAACAAACACUGAGCUGUGCGACAUUUUCACAAAGGCUGACACGUCUAAUGGCAGCAUUGGAGAUGUUCUCCACCAUCAAGUCAUCUUUCCGUCCCUCAUUGGAUCGUGUCGCUUUUCACUUGUAGUUUUAUCCUCUCUGUCAGCCGCGGUAACAGUUUUGAUUCAAUAAGCUCAUGUUGGAAGAAAUAUGCCCCUUAGAGGAAGAGUUGGAUGAGAAGACUUAAACGCUCUUAUUUUUGUGUGGUAAAUAUGAAGCUGCACACAACAUCCGGUUAACUUCACAGGAAACAGUAAAAUGGGGAGUUCAGCUCUGCCCAAAGGUGACAAAAUCUACCUACUGACACCUGAAGCUCACCUCUAGGGCUCAAGUAAGGCAAUAUCAGACUUUAAUUAAGAAGAAGCUCCUAUUAAUUAGCAUUUCUAGCCACUACUGCCUGUAUUUCACUGAACAUAUUUGCACUUGACAGAUUUCAAAAAAUUAAAAAUAGAUAUUCCUAGUACCCCCUGCAUUGCCUGUAGGCACCAAGGUCCAAUUUUCACUUUAACUUGUUUUACAGAACUUAUCCAGGUUGUUUUCUCCUCACUAGAUCCUUGCUUGUGUUCUAUCUACUCUGACGUGGAUAAAAGCGUCUGCUAAAUGAAACGGUAGAAUUUCCAGUCUAAAUUUUGCUGAAGGGCAAAUAACGUGGACAUUUAUGUCUGUUGUAUUUGGCGUUAUUGGCAAUACACUUUUUUUUGCAAUAGUUUUACUGUUAUGUUUUCAAAUUCGUCAUUUUUACUAUUUUUUUUUAAUCUGCAAAAAAUGCUUGCAGUUUCUCAAAGUGAUAAAAUCUCCACUGAGCAGCAAAAGAGUAGUGUAGGUGUUGAACUGUUUGCAAGUCAUCAUAGUAGCACUUACACAAUCGAUUGAGCAAUUUAAAAGCAUGUAUUAAUAGUUUCUAGCAAAACCACUGAACAAAUGUGUGCAGUUAAAGUAGAAAAACUUCCUGCUGCAGUAGGAGCCGACAUGUGUACAGAUGGUGAAAAUGCUGGUCUGAUCUGUCACAAAGAAUGUUCAGUCAGUAGGAUUAAUUUCACUUUAAAUUUACUAAACAAAGAAGUGAUUCAUAAUUCAUUACAAGCAUUGUCAGACCUGUUUGUGCUUCUUGAGUGUUGCAUUUAAACUGGAGCUGUCAAAAUUAACACAUUAAUGCCGAUUAAUCCGUCAUCACGAUUAAAAUGGUUUAGAAAAAUUUUAACGCAGUCACCCCAUCUGAAUGACUCAAAAUCUCAAACUUCUCUGGCAAUGCGUUUGGACAGUUUGUCCAAGUAGACUUACCGUCGUGCGAACAGACUCAAGAAAGAGGGGAAUAUCUUUCUUUCUUUCUUUCUUAAGGAGAAAUUAACUUUUAGAUUUUUUCCCCCACAUCUAGAUGUUUAUUUUAACAAAAAUACACACAACAGCUGUGUUCCAAUUAAAUAUCUGAUGUGUGGGUAGUACAAAUGCAGACUUAUUUGGAUGUGAUUUCAAAAUAUAUCUUACUUUUUUUUAUAAUUUCCUACUGAUUAUAUUAAAUCUUUGAUGAGGAAUAUCUACAUAUAUACACACCCUUCUUUCUUGAAUGUUUCAUGCAAAAUGAUUAAUAUAGAUUAAAAAUGAUUUUUUUUAACCAUGAUUAAAUAAUCCACAGCAGCCCUGUGAUUAAUCUGAUUAAAAAUUGUAUUGGUUUGACAGCACUAAUAUAAAAUUAUUAAGUUUAAGAGCUCUAAAGUGGCAAAGCAAAUAAUAUUCAAUACAUAAGUUUUCUUCCUUAUCUGCAGUAAAGUCGCUUUUUACCAUAAUAAUCUUAAAUAUAUUAGUCAUAGCUCUUUAUUAUAACAGCCUGUUCCUCUUGACUAAAGUAUUCAGUUUUAUUUAUAUAGCGGCAGUUCACAUCAUAUGUCCUCUCAUAGCAUUUAAUAUAGUAAAGGGAAGAGCUUUUGAAUUUUAAUUGGAGAGCAGAAAACCCUUGGAUUCCCUCUGAGGAAACAGUCGGCUGUAGCGUGAAGGAACCACCAAACAAUCGGUGUAUUUUGUAGGGAAUAAGAUUAACACGAUGCCCCUUUCUGUAGGAGUACGCACAGAGCCACGUGAAGAAAAACUGUUAUUGAAGAAAGUUGAUAAUGACUGUUGUGAUCAUGCAAAGAAAGUCUCUCAAACUCCACCCAUUCUAUCGACGUUAAACCUGAUGAAAGUCACCGUCCAGAAUACCACAAAUUGAAAUUUUGCACUUAAAUUUUUACCAACAUGAUGCAGUUUGUUAAUCAGUGAGCUUUAGUGGUGCUACAAGUCAGAUUUUGUUAGCUUUGGACCGAGGUGAGGUCACUCUUUCCCCCUAGCUACGGCUUCAUAUUUACUGUUCAGUAAAUCGCCAAAACAUCAAACUAUUCCUUUAAAAAUUCAGCCGAUGAUCUGCUCUCCUUCCACGCAUUCAUUUCCAUUUUGUACCGACCUGUGUUUCCGCUUUGUGUCGGUGGGUGCUGAUGGUUGACUGAAAUGUGACACCACACCGAUUGGCUUUGUUCAUGUACAAAAAAAUAAAGGUUCUCUGUCCAAUCUAGCAGUGUAGUCACAAGACAAUCUAUAUGAGAAAUGAAAACCUGCACCCCUGUUACUUGUUGUGUAAAAUGUUUUUUAGAAUCUCACUAUUUUUGGAUUAAUUUGUGCUGGUGACAGUUCCAUUGUCUAUUAUUAUAAUGAUAUUAUUAUGGAGCUUUUAUUUUAUUGAUAUUUUUGUGUAGGAUAGCCGACUGUUUUUAUUUUCUCUUUCUUAUUUUAUCUUCCUUAUCAUAAACAUAUAGUACUGGGUUCCUUUUUUUGAAACAACUUUGCUGAAAAUUGCACGAUCAGUUAUUGUGGUAUUAGCAAAUGCAAUGAAGGAAAUACCAGUUAAAUGCUGCAAUUUUAAUUAAGAUAUAGAAUAUAUUUAUAACAAAAAAAAAACGGGAAACAACUGAAAUUAGCAAUUCAUGAAAUUUGAAACGUGUAAAUGCAUGGGACACAGGUAACAACAAACAUAUGUUACGUACAGUCAUGAUAAGGACAUGCAUCACAAAUGAGUUCUAAAGUGACUCAGAAUAAUGUAGCAUAUGAAAUACUAAAGAUGAAAUUUAUAGCUAAUAUAUUGUGUUGAGCUGGUCUGCUUUGGGUUUUUGUUGUAAAGAAAAUAUUUCUUUUUGUUGUUUUUUUGAGAAUGAUAUACAGUUUGUGUAUAUUUUCAUAUACAAAGUAUGCACUGAUAUGUUAUUGAAAUUCUAUACCGCUUUUACAAAAAAGUGUUUGUUGUACCAAAGUAUCCAAGUCCCUUGAAACCUUAUCCUUUUUGCGUAUGUUUUACCGUAUUUUAUAUAUUAAAUAGACAAAUUGAGUGAAA